CACUACUGUUUCCUCAUCAACCCACGGAGUGUAUAAAAUUAGUAAACACCGUCGGCGUCGUGCAGAGCGUGAGCAGGGAAGUGAGGUGGUCCGACUAAGAGAAGGCGGACGAAGAUCCACGUGUCAGAGAUUCUUACGAUCUUCUUCCCUAUCCCCCGUUCAUUCAUUCCUUCCUUCAUUCCGUCCGGUUCCUCCCAAGCCAAUAAUCCAACCCUCUCUCUCUCUCUCUCUCUAUUCCAUUAAUCCAUUUCCUUCCUGAUUUCCCCCCCUACUACUACUGUCGUACUGCCCGUCGCUCCCCAGCCGAGUCUCGCCUGCCCCCCACCUCCUUCUCUCAGUCACUGUUCAGUCUCCACUCAUCAUUCUUCUGCUGUCCCUCCAAAAAAGUCUCCCGUACCACCGCCAAUAACCAUUCUUUUUUCCUCUCAUGCACCCAAAGGUUUGCGCGCCACUCGCGAUCGUAGUUCCUCUCAACUCAUCAUGGUCAACUUGCUCCGAAAAGUCUGGGAAUCCGUCUCUCAACGUUCGGCCUCCGCCUCCUCCUCCUCCAGCUCUACCAAUCAACCCGAUAGAUUCGACCAAAUGACGUACCUGCUGACCUCCUCAACCGGCGACUUCGACCCGAUUCCCCUCGACAUAUUUAUCCAAAUCCUCAAAUUCCUCGGCCCCAAAGAAUCCGCCAAGCUCAGCUCUGUUUGUAGGUUCUGGAAAUUCAUCGUUGCCGAUAAUCGCCUCUGGAUUUAUUUCCUUCAGAAUCAACAGGAGCCUUGGGAUUCCAUUUUCUUCGCUGAAACUCACCUGCGAUCCGGUUAUCCUCUUCAAAUGUUUCCGACUCAGAUGCCUGACUUGUCAUUCAUGCAUAUAUAUGCUCAGCGAGCACAGGUUCCUGGUGCUAUAAUUAUUGAUGGUGGCUCUGGCUACUGCAAAUUUGGAUGGAGUAAAUAUGCUUCUCCUUCUGGGAGGUCUGCUACUUUUCUGGAAUUUGGUAAUAUUGAGUCCCCAAUGUAUUCUAGACUCAGACAUUUCUUUUCUACAAUUUAUGGCAGGAUGCAGGUGAAAGCAAAUACGCAGCCAAUUGUUUUGUCUCUUCCUAUCUGCCAUUCUGAUGAUACCGAGUCUGAUAUAGCAGCUAGAAAGCAGCUUAAAGAAGCUAUCUAUACUGCAUUAUUUGACAUGAAUGUUCCUGCUGUUUGUGCGAUCAAUCAGGCAGUUUUAGCAUUAUUUGCGGCAAGGCGAACCUCAGGAGUUGUUGUCAACAUUGGUUUUAACCAAACAUCCGUUGUUCCAAUUUUGCAUGGGAGAGUAAUGCACAGAGUGGGUGUUGAAGUAACCGGAAUGGGGGCUUUAAAACUUACAGGAUUCCUUAGGGAAAAGAUGCAGCAGAAGAAUCUACAUUUUGAUUCUCUGUAUACUGUGCGUGCAUUGAAAGAGAACUUAUGCUAUGUUGCUUUUGAUUAUGAAGCUGAACUUCGAAAAGACACAGAAGCAUCUUUUCAAGUUGCAGCUGAAGGAUGGUUUACACUUUCAAAGGAGCGCUUUCAAACAGGAGAAAUUCUAUUCCAGCCUCGUAUUGCAGGAGUGCGUACAAUGAGUUUGCACCAGGCUGUGGCACUUUGCUUGGAUCAUUGCCAGGAUUCAGAAUUAUCUGGAGAUGAUAACUGGUUCAAAACAGUCGUUCUGUCCGGAGGUUCAGCAUGUUUGCCAGGAUUAGCAGAAAGAUUAGAGAAGGAACUUCUUCAAUCUCUUCCUCAUUCUACAUCAAAAGGACUCAAAGUUAUCCCUUCGCCUUAUGGUGCAGAUUCGGCAUGGUAUGGAGCAAAGCUCAUUGGCAAUUUGAGCACCUUUCCAGGUUCUUGUUGCGUGACAAAGAAACAAUAUCGCCAGAGGUCGAGGCGCAACCUCAGGUGGUGAAUUUCAGACUCCAGCAGCAAUUUAGGUUGGAAUAAAAGACAAAUUACAGUAGUACCACGGCAUGUGUGAUCAAUCAUACAGAAGUGGGCUGUCAGAAAUGAGCAAUUGCGAUCAUAGAUCAGUCCAAGUGUGUCUGAUACUAGAGAACUGGGUAGUCUAGAUAUUUUGCUAUGACAAGCAUUCUUGGAAUAUUUUUCAUUUUUGUUUCACCAAUGUAUAAGCUUGCAAUGUUGUAUUGUACCCCUCUAUUUCAUACUAAAAACGCACAGUGAACAUUCAAAGUAAGAAUGAUCAUUGGAAAAUAAAACAUAAAUUGUGCAAUUUUAAGUAA